UUUAUACAAAUACGUACACACGUGACGUUGGCAAAGAAGAAAUUUGUAUUAUCGACCAAAAAGAUGCGCAUGCGAAACGAAACAGUAAAGUGCAAUUGCGAGUUGAGUUUAUUCUUAAAUAAAAGUAUAUAUGUACACAAGUGCUUUGCGUAUUAUAUGCUACAACAUAGUGUUGGUGAUCAUAUGUGAUUAGUGUUUGUGAUAAUUGAUAGCAUUGAUAAAUCGUGAUCUUGCAGAAUCCGAUGUAAAUUCUCACAUUGAUCCGACUGAGCUGGAGUUUCCUGUUGUGCAAUUUAUCACUUAAUUCUCCAGUAUACAGUAUAUUUUUCAGACAGUUUAUUUCUAAAAAUUUGUUUAUUAAACAAAUAAGAGAAAAGCUGAGAAUGGGCUUGUUAUCCGAAGGAAGUCCUCUGAGUUGGGAAGAGACGAAGAAAUUAUCCGAUCACGUGCGCAAGCAUGGAGUAAUUCAAUUUAUUAACCUGUACAAGCGACUUCGUGACAGACAGGGGGAUGUGCUAAAAUGGGGUGACGAGGUAGAAUACAUGCUCAUAAAAUUUACUGACAAUGAAAAAACUGCAAAACUCAGUUUAAGAGCUAUGGAACUAUUAAAAAUCUUAAAUGAAAAAGAAAAUGAAGACCCAAAUAAUGUAAAGUCUCUAUGGAGACCUGAAUAUGGUGCUUAUAUGCUGGAAGGAACUCCAGGAAAACCAUAUGGAGGAUUAUUAGCUCAUUUUAAUGUUGUUGAAGCUAAUAUGCGUUAUAGAAGACAAGAAGUAACAAAGUUGCUCGAGCCUAAUGAAGUUUUAAUGUCAUUAACCGUUUUUCCAAGAAUAGGAGCUCCUGAUUUUACUGAUCCUCCUACUACUCCAACUCCUGAAACUGGUGCCUCCAGAAGUUUAUUUUUUCCUGAUGAAGCUAUAUAUCCUGGUCACCCACGUUUUAAGACAUUGACCAGAAAUAUAAGAGAACGACGUCAGGAAAAAGUUGCUAUAAACAUUCCUAUUUACAGAGACGAAAAUGUACCAUUGUUAUUUAAGGAAGACUUUAGGAAUAAAGAAUAUGACGAAUCUGUUUCUAAACCAAUGAAAGAUAAUCAUAUCUACAUGGAUGCAAUGGGUUUUGGAAUGGGAUGUUGUUGUUUGCAACUAACGUUUCAGGCGUGUAACAUACAAGAAGCGAGAACGUUAUACGAUCAACUGACACCUUUGUGUCCAAUAAUGUUGGCUCUAACAGCAGCUAGCCCCUUUUAUCGAGGCUAUAUAAGCGACGUUGAUUGUCGAUGGAAUGUCAUAUCUUCUUCGGUGGACUGUAGAACACAGGAAGAACGCGGGUUAAAGCCUCUUAAGGAAAAUAAAUUUAGAAUCAGUAAGUCCAGAUACGAUUCUAUCGAUUCAUACCUCAGUGAGGCAGGCGAAAAAUACAACGAUGUUCCUUUAACAUACGAUGACGAAAUAUACAAAGAACUUCGGGAUAAUGAAAUCGAUCAUUUGCUCGCACAACACAUAGCUCAUCUGUUUAUCAGAGAUAGCGUCUCUUUGUUUUCUGAAAAAGUACAUCAGAACGAUUUAGAAGAUACCGAUCACUUUGAGAACAUACAAUCUACAAACUGGCAAACAAUGCGCUUUAAACCGCCACCGCCAAACUCUUCAAUUGGUUGGCGGGUAGAAUUUCGUCCAUGUGAGGUUCAGAUCACAGACUUUGAAAACGCUGCAAUAGUUUGUUUUACAGUACUAUUGACAAGAGUUAUUUUGAGUUACAAGUUAAAUCUUCUAAUUCCAAUUAGUAAAGUUGAUCAGAAUAUGAUCAGAGCACAAAAACGAGAUGCAGUAAAGAUGGAAAAAUUCUGGUUUCGCCGUGAUAUUACUUCAGAUUCAAAAACUGAUAACAUCGAAUCAGAGUAUAUCGAAUUUACAAUUAAUGAGAUUAUUAAUGGAAAGGAUGGACUAUUUCCUGGUCUUGUACCAUUAGUAAACUCAUAUCUUGCCAAUAUGGAUGUAGAUGCCGAUACUCAUUGCACUAUUCAAAGGUAUUUAAAAUUAAUACAAAAACGUGCUUCUGGAGAGCUUUUAACAACUGCCGCUUGGUUGAGGAAGGAAGUUACUUCGCAUCCCGAAUACAAGCAUGAUGCUGUUAUAACGCAGGUCAUCAAUUAUGACUUACUUAAGAAAAUCCAUAAUAUUGUUUCUAAUGACGUGCCGUGUCCAGAACUACUUGGGCAAUGUGUGUCAUCUAAAACUACCGAUACCAUACCUGCUGCUGUUGCGAAAGCUGAGAAAUGUUCAACAACAAAUUUUUAACGACUCUUAAAAUGCUUUACAUAAUUCAAUACUAUUUUUUAUAACAUUAUUUUAUUACAUGUUUAAUAUAAUUUUAUUGUGCAGAAUUAGAAAUAUAUUUCACUAUUUACUUAUCCAACAAUGUGAAUAAAUACAAACUAUAUAGGAUGUUUUUAAACUGAAUACCAUAAACAAAAUUAUAUUUUUUGUAUAUAAACAAUCAAGAUAAAAAGUCACUUACACUUUUUGGAUCUAAAAAUUAUCAACUGAGAUCUUAUAUGUUGUUGAAAUUCGAUGAUGACUUUAGCUCGAUUUUUUAUGUGUAGUUUGUCGUUUAUAACAUUUAUUUUGGGAACACUUUGUAUAAAGUUUUGCAAUUUUAUAUAUUUGUUAUACUUGUUAUUGUUGCUUUUAUAUACUAAACAUAAAUAUAUUUGACAAGAAAGGUAUAAAAUUUUUAUAAUUGCCAAGAUUGUAACGGUAGCAAAUCAAUAUUGAUUAUUUAUGCAAAUAGAAACGAUUCUUUUAAUAAUAAAUCAACGUAAUCACAUUCCGUUAAAGUAAAAUCGUGCUACAUAUAGUUUGUUUAAUAUAUCACUUAUUAUUGUGUUUUGAAUAAAUAAUUUAAGUAAUAUUUGUUAAGCCGAAUAUUACGCGCACGCGCGUACGUAUAUAAAUUAAGCUUGCAAAACGCUAAUUGAAUAUUUAUAUAUAUUUUAAACUAAUAAAAGUUUUAACAUUAUUUUAUAAUUUAGUAACAAUAUGAUCUUUCUCUAAUAGUUUGCUAAAUGACGCAAAACAAGAUUUUGUGCUGAGGUUUACUUCUUUUUUUAUUAAUUUUACGUAAUAGUUUGUUAUUAAAAUCUUUCUGUUAUGUGUAUAUAUAGUACACAAAUAUGUAAUUUAUAAGCAGUACUAAAAUGUGCGAAUAUUUAAAUGCUAAAAAUCAUUCGAUACUUUAUAUGUAAUAAAAGAAUGUGUAUGA